CACAUCCUCACGUCACCUCUUUCUCUUCUUCCUCCUCUCCAAUAUCUCCAUUUGUUUUUUUUUUUGGUUUUUGAAAGAUAAUUCUCCAUUUGUUUCUUUUAUAACAAAAAUUCUCCCAUGUUAUCCUUUCUGAAUCGUGAUAACAUCUUGCUGGUUUUAAGAGAAUCGUCUGAUAACCACCGGUUAUGUCCUGACUGUGAUUUAUAACGGUGCCCUUUUGAUUUUCUCAUAUCUCAAAGUCCAUCUGUUUUUCUUCACAAGAAGAUGAUUAAAAUCUAGAAGAGGCUCUGAGCUAGGGUUUCACUGUCACUGUGUGUCCAAAGUGGGAGAUACUUGGGAGUAGAAAAAUAGAUAUAAAUCAACGAAAAUGAUUUGGAUAUAUAAUCAUCUUGUAGAUUUGUAAGGAAAUCAAAAAGCUCAAGAAUACUCCAAAAGCUAUAUAAGGAUCAAUACUCAUCAACAUCAUCAUGUAUAAUCCAAACAUGUUCGAGUCUCAUGAUCAACAUAUGUUCGAUAUGACCCCAAAAGAGUCCGACAACGACUUGGGUCUUACGGGGAGCCGGGAAGACGAUUUCGAGACCAAGUCUGGCGCUGAAGUCACCAUGGAUAAUCAGUUAGAAGAAGAGCUUCAAGAUCCUAAUCACCGCCCUAACAAAAAGAAGCGUUUCCACCGUCACACUCAACGCCAGAUUCAAGAGCUUGAAUCGUUCUUUAAGGAGUGUCCUCACCCUGACGAUAAGCAAAGAAAAGAGCUGAGCCGAGAUCUAAAUUUAGAACCUCUUCAAGUCAAGUUUUGGUUCCAAAACAAACGCACCCAAAUGAAGGCACAGCAUGAGAGGCACGAGAACUCGAUUCUGAAGACAGACAACGACAAGCUCAGGGCAGAAAACAAUAGGUACAAAGAUGCUCUAAGCAACGCAACAUGCUCAAACUGUGGUUGUCUAUCUAUAGGAGAAGUGUCAUUCGAUGAACAGCAUCUAAGGAUUGAAAACGCACGUCUACGUGAAGAAAUCGACAGAAUCUCGGCCAUGGCUGCUAAAUACGUAGGGAAGCCAUCGUCAUCUCAUUCUUCACCUUCCACUCAGCUCACUUCUUCACACUACAUUCCCUCGCGCUCCCUUGAUCCUGAAGUCGGUAACUUUGGCACUAAUAAUAACGAUCACCAGACAAGUUUCGUAGGGGAAAUGUAUGGAACAAGUGACGUUAUGAGGUCGGUUUCUAUCCCUUGUGAGGCUGAUAAGCCUAUGAUUGUUGAGCUAGCUGUUGCAGCCAUGGAAGAGCUUGUGACAAUGGCUCAAACUGGUGAUCCCUUGUGGGUUUCAAGUGAUAAUUUGGGUGAGAUUCUCAAUGAAGAAGAGUAUUUUAGAACGUUCCCUAGAGGAAUUGGACCGAAGCCUAUUGGUUUUAGAUCAGAAGCUUCAAGAGAGUCUACGGUCGUUAUCAUGAAUCAUAUCAAUCUCGUUGAGAUAUUAAUGGACGUGAACCAAUGGUCUAGUGUGUUCUGUGGGAUUGUAUCAAGAGCACUGACGCUAGAAGUUCUAUCAGCUGGCGUCGCAGGGAACUACAAUGGGGCACUACAAGUGAUGACAGCUGAGUUCCAAGUCCCUUCACCGCUUGUCCAGAUACGUGAGAGCUACUUUGUGAGGUACUGCAAGCAGCAUGGAGACAACACUUGGGCGGUUGUUGAUGUCUCUUUGGACAGCCUAAGUCCGAGUCCGAUCACUAGAAGCAGGAGAAGACCCUCUGGUUGUCUUAUUCAAGAACUGCAAAAUGGAUAUUCAAAGGUGACAUGGGUAGAACAUAUGGAGGUGGAUGAUAGCUCGGUUCACACCAUGUAUAAACCGUUGGUUAACACCGGUUUAGCCUUUGGUGCUAAACGUUGGGUAGCUACACUUGACCGCCAAUGCGAACGGCUUGCGAGCUCCAUGGCCGGCAACAUUACAACUGGUGAACUUUCCGUGAUAACGAGUCCUGAGGGGAGGAAGAGCAUGUUGAAACUAGCAGAGAGGAUGGUGGUGAGCUUCUGUAGCGGAGUAGGCGCGUCGACUGCAAACGCAUGGACUACAUUAACCACCACAGGAUCCGACGAUGUUCGAGUCAUGACCCGGAAGAGCAUGGAUGAUCCGGGGAGAUCUCCGGGUAUAGUCUUGAGCGCAGCUACUUCGUUUUGGAUCCCAGUGGCACCAAAACGAGUGUUUAAUUUUCUCAGAGAUGAAAACUCUAGAAGCGAGUGGGACAUACUUUCAAACGGAGGUUUGGUUCAAGAAAUGGCUCAUAUCGCAAAUGGUCGGGAUCCUGGGAACAGUGUCUCUUUACUCCGAGUCAAUGGCACGAACUCAGGACAGAGCAACAUGUUGAUCUUACAAGAAAGCUGUACGGACGCGUCAGGAUCGUAUGUGAUAUAUGCACCAGUCGACGUAGCGGCUAUGAACGUUGUCAUGAAUGGUGGGGAUCCAGAGUACGUGGUUUUGUUUCCAUCCGGGUUCGCUAUAUUGCCUGAUGGGUCUACAAGAGAAGGUGGAAACGCUAGUGCUGUAGCUGGAGGAGGAGGAAAUAAUCUUGAAGUGGUUAAUUCCGGUUCACUACUAACCGUGGCGUUUCAGAUACUUGUAGACUCCGUUCCAACCGCUAAACUCUCUCUAGGGUCAGUGGCUACAGUCAAUAGUCUGAUCAAAUGCACCGUCGAACGAAUCAAAGGUGCGUUGGCAUGGGACGGAGCUUGAUUGAUGUUUUUCAGUCUUGUGAGAUCCUCCAAAGGAAGUCAAGAACGUACCAUUUUUUGCGUUUGGUUUCUUAGUGAGCCAAGAAGAGGGUUCUGGUAUUGACUUCUGCUGGAAACCAAAAAAAAAAGAAGAAAAAGAAACGGCUUGUUGGGUUUCAGGCGGUUUAGUGUUUUGCGUUUUCUACGUUAUUAUUUUAUGUCGCUAGUGAACAUCAGAACAUGUUAGCGUUUUUGCGUAUUGUGUCUUCUUUCAAAGGGAAUGCUGCACUCUUGUAGUUCAGAUAUUAUAAGAUUGUUUAUGAAACUGUGUUUAUUAGUUUGUAUUUUUUAGGAAUACUCUAUAAAUACUAUGCCUUUUUGUUCCAAA